ACUAACAUAGUUUGAAAUGAGGAAAAUAUUAAGCAUUGCAUCGUUGUUAUUUUUUAUAACACUACAUGGAUACUGCCUUCCUUUCCAAGACUUCAACAAUAAAGAAUGGAUGACUUGCUACUUUCACUACUUGUGCGAUUUAAAUGAUACCCAGAAAAUGUAUCAAGUACUUGAAGGAAGUGGAGACCAGGUUAUGAAGAAGUUUGGAGAUCUCAUGCAUGAAGUUUUCGAUCUUGAAGGUCCCACCUCUUUAGAACAAUUCGUAGCAUACAAAAUGGUCGCAUGUAGCCAUACAGAAGACAAAAGACAAGCCUUAUUCAACGAGUUUAUCUCAUCAGUUCUGGAAUACAGUUUGGUAUCAUGUGUAAAUCGUUUCUCAAAAGUUUGCAGGGAAAUAGACGAGGGAGUAAUGAGGAGUUCUGCUUAUCUUAAAAAAAUCACGGAGAGUGAAGAAUGCGAAAAGAAGGAAGACGCAGUAAAAAAGCCUGCAGUACGGAAUAUUUUUGGAUGAUCACUUUCACAUCAGCCAAAAUCAGUUAUUUACGAAUUGUAUGGAUUGCGCGAAUUGUAUGGAUUGUGCGAAUUGCAUUCACAAUACCAAUAAAAGCAAAGAAAUAAA